AUCAAAACCAUGCUAUUCAUCAAGAAAGAUAUCAACACAAGCUUCACUAGCUACUACCCUUUUCAAUCCAUUACUUAGAUUUUGUCCUCCUUGUUAUUGUUAUUGUUAUUGUUGAAGAAGAAGAAGAUGAUGACUCUGUGGCCAAACCCGCAGAGAUGCCUGCCGGAAAGACAACUGCAAACAACACCCUUAGGAUGCCGGCAAGGCCUCCAACCUCCUUUCCAACUCUCACCGAUCACCCCUUUCCACUUGAAUCCCACCACCUUCCCCAAGAACAACAAGGUUAUCUUCGUCAUGGGCGCUUCCGGCACCGGAAAAUCAAAACUCGCCAUCGACUUAGCCAUGCACUUCUCCGGCGAGGUCGUCAACUCCGACAAAAUGCAAGUCUAUGAAGGCCUUGACAUCCUCACCAACAAAGUUACCGAUGAGGAACGCGCAACUGUUCCUCACCAUCUCAUCGGCGGCGUUGACCCAGACACUGACUUCACCGCCACUGACUUCCGCUGUGCCGCCAUUAAAUCCAUAGACGAGAUUCUCUCUCGUGACCAUGUCCCCAUCGUCGCCGGUGGUUCCAACUCCUUCAUUGAAGAACUCGUCGACGGUGAAAACAAGGAGUUUAGAGCCAAGUAUGAAUGUUACUUCCUUUGGGUCGACGUCGACAGUGACAUGCUGCACGAGUUCGUGAGAAAACGCGUGGAUAAGAUGGUGGACAUGGGCAUGGUUGAUGAGGUGCGCGCGGUGUUCGACCCGGAAUCUGAUUGCACGCGUGGGAUACGUAGGUCCAUCGGUGUGCCUGAGAUGCAAGACUACUUCUGCGCCGAAGCGUCCGGCGCCGACUCGGACACUCUGGCUUUGCUUCUCGGUAAGGCUAUCGAUGACAUGAAGGCUCAUACGUGCAGGCUAACGUGCGGACAGCUCUUGAAAAUCAAUAGGUUGAGGUUGGAGUGUGGUUGGGACCUUAACAGGGUGGAUGCAAGCAAGGUGUUCGACGGAAGUUCUAGCUGGGAGGAGAUAGUCUUGAAGCCUAGUUUUGCGCUCGUGCAGCGCUUCAUGGACGAUGAACUGCCGGAAAAAAGCCGUGCCGGAGCUGAUGUCGAUGGGGUCGUGGACUUCGCGGCGAUGGGGGCUUCAGCGUAGCGUGUGCGCUUGUUCGUGUGCGUGUGCGCUUGUGUGAGGAGUUAGUGCGUGGAGCCAUUGCCACACGCACGUGUGUCUUGGAGCUAACCUCACCCGUGCGGAAUGAUGAUGAUGAUGAUGAUGAUGAUGAUGAUGAUAUAUAUAUUAUAUUGUUAUAUAAAUAUAAAUUAUAAAUGAUAUAAUGUGUGGUGUUUGACGUGUUUUAAA